CCCCCCCCAAAACCCCCUCCCCCCCCCCCCCCCCCCCCCCCCCCCCCCCCCCCCUUUUUCCCCCCCCCCCCUUUUCCCCCCCCCCCCCCCUCAUUUUUCCCCCCCCCCCCGGGGACCCCCCCGGGGCCCCCCCCAUUUUUUCCCCCCCCCCCCCCCCCCUUGCCCCCCCCCCUCCCUCCCCCCCCUUUAACCCCCCCUCCCUCCCCCGGCCCCCCCCCCCCCUUUUUUUCCCCCCCCCCCCUUGCUAAAACCCCGGGGGCCCCCCCCUCACCCCCCCCCCCCCCCUCCCCCCUUUUCCCCCCCCCCCCCCCCCCCCCCCUUUUUUUUUCCCCCCCCCCCCCCGGCCUCCCCAAACCCCCGGCCCCCCCCCCCCCCCUUUUUUCCCUUUUUUUCCCCCCCCCCCCCCCCCCCCCGGCCCCCCCCCCCCUUUUCCCCCCCCCCCCCCCCCCAACCCCCCCCCCCCCCCCCCCCUUUUCCCCCCCCCCUUUUCCCCCCCCCCCCCUCCCCCCCCCCCCUUUUUUAAAACCCCCCCCCCCUUUUUUUUCCCCCCCUUCCGGCCCCCCUUUUUCCCCCCCGGGGCCCCCCCCCCCCCUUUCCCCCCCCCCAAACCCCCCCCUCCCCCCCCCCCCCCCUUUUCCCCCCCCCGGCCCCCCCCCCUUCCCCCCCGAAGGGCCCCCCCCCCCCCCGGGGCCCCCCCCCCCUUUCCCCCCCCCCCCCCCCCCCCCUUUUCCCCCCCCCUUUGUUUAAACCCCCCUUCCCUUUUCCCCCCCCCCCCCCCCCCCCCCCUUUUUCCCCCCCCCCUUCCCCCCCCCCAAACUCCCCCCGUUACCCCCCGCCCCCCCCCCCCCCUUUUUUUUUUCCCCCCCCCCCCCUGCCCCCUUCCCCCCCCCCCCCAAAAACCCCCCCCCCCCCCCUCCCCCUCACCCCCCCCCCCCCCCCCCCCCCCCCCCCCCCCCCCCUUUUUUUUUUUUUUCCCCCCCCCUCCCCCCCCCCUUCCUCCCCCCCCCCCCUGCCCCCCAAUUUUUCCCCCCCCCCACCCCCCCCGGGCCCCCCCCCCCAACCCCCCCCCCCCCCCUUUUUUUUUUCCCCCCCCCCCCCCCCCCCCCAACCCCCCCCUGCCCCCCCCCCCCCCCCUUUCCCCCCCACCCUUUGCCCCCCCCUUUCCCCCCCUUUUCCCCCCCCCUCCCUUUCCCUCCUCCUCCCCCCCCUUUUCCCCCCCCCUUCCCUCCCCCUUCCCCUCCCUGCCCCCCCCCCCCUUUCCCCCCCCCCCCCCCCCCCUUUUUUCCCCCCCCCCUCCCCCCCCUCCCCCCCCCUCCCUGCCUGCCGCCCCCC